AUGGUAUGGCUGGCACAGGACAUGGAGGAAAGUCGAUAUGUCGCCGUCAAGGUGGGAUUCACCUGGCUGGUUGAGUCUCGGCCGCGUGAGAUUUCUGUCAUGAAGCUGCUUAGAGAACAUCCUCUCUCAAAUCAUCCGGGCAAAAACCACGUUGUCGAGCUCUUAGAAUAUUUCGUUCACGAUGGAUCUAACGGCUCGCAUGCAUGUAUAGUCACUGACCAACUAGGAGGACACGUCGGGAUGGCAUUGUCUGACUUCGACUCCGAAAAUCCAGUGCCGUACCAGAAUGGCCGUAAAAUUUCAAUUCAGGCGCUACAAGCCCUUGACUACCUUCACCAACAGGGCGUCAUGCAUGGCGACGUCCACUCAAGAAAUCUAGUCUUCGCCUUGACCUAUAACAUUGACGACCACACGGGCGUAGAUAUUGAGACAAAGAAUCAACGAGGAAAUGAGUCAAAUGAGCCUGAUGAGAAGUAUACUCAUGACGAUAGGAUCAGUAUCUCAGAGGGCGGCACAGCAAACGUUAGCGUUAUCUUAAUCGAGCUUGGCGCUUCCAGCAGUUCCGCAAAUGGCCCAAGCAAUGAAUAUGCCUACCCAAUUCCCUACCGUGCACCGGAAGUCCCGAUGGAUACAGGGUCAGUCACUGACAAGGCAGAUAUCUGGGUACUUGGCGGCGAGAUUUGGCGCAUCGUCAUCUUUGUUGGGCAGCUGGGUCCGGUACCCGAAUCACUACGGACGGCAUGGCUGGACUCGGAGUGUCACCUCACGUCCGAUGGCCUUCUGAAGAACUCAUUCCCCGAAGACGAAAGGGAGCUUCCAAUUGCUGAGGAAUUCAUCAACUAUAAGCCCAAGGGAUUGAGUAGAGAUGAGACCACAGCCUUCGCUGAGUUUAUGGGCCAUUAUUUUCAAUUCUAA